AAGAAGAAAAAAAAAAUAGAAUAUAUUUCAUUUGACGAGUCAACUUUAAGAGAGAAAUAGAAUCAAAUAGAAAUGGAGGGUGGAAUCGUGGAAACAACUACGGACCAGUCAAUUAAUUCAACGACAAAUCGUUCCGAGGAUGAAAUUGCAUUGCAAGGAUUUUGUAGUCCAAAAAGAUUACCUUACAGAUUUGUCGGAUUAACGUUAAUGUGUCUCAUUGGUUUUGGCUCAUAUUUUUGCUUUGACAAUCCUGGAGCUUUGCAGGAUAAUUUCAAGACUGACUUACACAUGUCAACUAGUAAAUUUGUUUUACUUUAUUCUAUUUAUUCCUGGCCCAAUGUAAUUCUUUGCUUCGUUGGUGGAUUUUUAUUGGACAGCGUAUUCGGUAUUCGUUUGGGUACUGUUAUAUACAUGGGACUUGCUUUAAUUGGACAAUUAAUCUUUGCUACUGGUGCUAUGAUCAAUGAAUUUUGGUUAAUGAUGGUUGGAAGAUUUGUCUUUGGUAUAGGCGCAGAAUCAUUGGCGGUUGCUCAAAACAGUUAUGCUGUACUUUGGUUUAAAGGAAAGGAAUUAAAUAUGGUAUUUGGAUUACAAUUGAGUUUCUCUCGUAUAGGAUCUACCGUUAAUUUUUUGGUAAUGGAACCAAUUUACAAAUAUGUAUCUCAGUAUUAUACCGGCCCAGAAUGUAUCGGAGUAGUUUUAUUUCUUGCUUCUAUUACUUGCGUCGGUUCUAUGAUAUGCGCUUGCAUUUUGGGUCUAAUGGAUAAACAUGCUGAAAGAUUGUUAAGGCGUGGAGAAGGACAAGAACCAGUAAUUGUUAGUUUAAAAGAUGUUAGAGAUUUCAAGCCUAUAUUUUGGUUAAUCACUCUUAUCUGUAUCGCUUAUUAUGUGACAAUCUUUCCUUUCAUAGCAUUGGGAAAAGUAUUCUUCGAAAGGAAGUACGACUAUGAUCCUUCAAGUGCAAAUACCGUCAAUUCUUUGAUUUAUUCAAUAUCAGCUAUUGCUUCUCCUAUUUUGGGUUAUCUAGUUGAUAGAGUUGGAAAAAAUGUAUUUUGGGUAUUUCUUAGCAUAUGCGUAACUAUGGUAGCACAUGUGUUAUUAGCAUUCACAUAUGUGAAUCCAUAUGCGUGUAUGAUACUCAUGGGAUUUGCAUAUUCCAUGCUUGCUAGCAGCUUAUGGCCUCUGAUAUCUCUCGUUACGCCUGAAUAUCAACUGGGGACUGCUUAUGGCAUGGCCCAGGCUGUACAGAAUUUAGGUUUGGCUGUAGUUUCCAUUUUAGCUGGAAUUAUUGUUGAUAAAGGCGGUUAUAUGAUGCUUGAAAUUUUCUUCCUUGGAUGGCUUUGGAUAUCCUUGCUAACUGCGGCUGCAAUUUGGGUCUCGGACAUGGCAACAACCGGUGGCUAUUUGAACAUGACGCCAGGACAACGCGAAAAAUACGAAGAAGUUCGUCAUACUCCCGAAAGCUUGGAGAGAAAGAAACUAUUGUCGCCCGAAUCUACUUCGGAUUUAUCGGUAGAUGAUAUUUUGCAACCCCAAUCCGACAUUAGUAUCAGAAAUCGCUAUUUAUCUCGUGUUGGUGCAAUGGUACCACCGCAAACCAUAAAACCACCGGCUGUUCAUCGGCCAAUACGAUGAUGCUCUGCAUUUAGUUAAAAAAAAUAUAGAUGUAAUUUUUUUUUUUUUUCGUGGAAAAAA